AUGUUAUUCUUACAAAUUUGGUUGGCUACUAUGGUGAGCGUAACCAUAGCUGCACCGAUGGCAAAUGAAAUGCUAGAUGUCUCCCCCCUCGACAGCAGAGACGACAAUAGCGUUAGCGGCUUUAGCCGUCGCCGCUAUACUCCAACCUUCAGUGCCCGUCAAGAACCACCAGAAGACGACCCGCGGAAGGCCAUAGACCCGCAAAAGAUAUGUGAGGACUGUAACUGCUGGCUUAACGCAUACUAUUUGCCACUUCCUGGCCCUGGGAGGUGCCCAGCAGGUAAAUGCCACAAAUGCAGUGGACACAGCCUAUCGAAAGCUUUGCAAUCAACGGACCACGUCAUGUUAGUUUAA